AUGGAGCUUACAUCCGGUUUCGUAGCUGGCAUCAUAGCCGCAGCAAUCUUAACAGUCAAGUUAUUGGUACCUACUGCCCUGACCUUCAUCUUGGCAACAAGUCUGAAAGAUGAGGAGACUGCUGCAACAUGGACCGCUGUCUGCCCGCCUUUACAAAGUUCCUUCUGGCCAAUCUUCCUCGGAGCAGACACAACACAGUCGCUUGGGGUUCGCAAGUUUGUGCGUUGCAUCACAAUGGCAAUACCUGCUUUCGCUAUCCUCGUUAGUGUCGCAAGCGUUGUUACGCCUCUAGGGCUUUACGAGACAGAAGUUCUCAGCCGGGAGGCAGCGAAGAUGAGUUUCAUGUACGCACGCGAUGAAAGCCCCAUCUUUUCUGGGACAUCAAGCAGGAACGGAUGGUCUUUCACUCGGAGAUGCUACCUGGAUUCACAGGGCUCUUGCCGCGUGCCAUGCCCUUACGACGAGAAUGGGGGGGUAAUAUUCUUUAAUGGGACUUACCCGGAGGAAAUUUUCCCUCAAUGUUUGAACUCUAGUAAAAGCUUCAAUGUCACGGUUUCCAACAGUCUUCGCGAAAUUUACUCAAGCGGAACGAAUCAGGUGCCAACGACGGUUUCCAACUUCUUCGAUAUUGAAUGGCGACAGCUGGUUUACAAACGUGAUAAUAGGUCCAACAAUGGGGAGCCUAUGCCAGCUGGUGGUUAUCGAUUUCUAGAGAGCUUUGCUCUCACAGAUAGCUUCAACAUUGUUGAAGGCUUAAUCGUUGAUGCCAAAAAUGGCGCUAUUGGGUUCAGAAACCACACAGUUCCCGUUAACCUUGACCGCACUUCUUAUUGGUCCGAAGACAUACUUUUCAUUGAGCCAUCGACAACUUGUGUAAAUCAGAACAUCUCUUUAGACUUCAACGUAUCGGUAUCCAGUGAUAGUUACUCGGGCACCACAAUAACUGGACUUGCGCUCACAGAUCACGGCGGCUUUGCCAACUUCAACAAAACAGCAGAUGUCUUUAAAUACCAGAUGGAGGGAAGGGAAAACCUGAACACACCUAAUUUGCACGCGAGAGCCUACAUGGCUUCUUGGUACGCCAAUGCACUGACAAUGGUCAUAAUGAACGUCACCAACCUGCGCAACGAAACAUCUGGGGCAGAGGGUUACUCCUACAUUCACUCCGAAGUCGGCAAGCAGUUUAAACUGUUCAUCGAGAAGCAUGCAAAGGUUGAUAAGUACCAGUCGCUGGGUUUACUCCAGGAUCUCUCGGAGGUGUUUCAAACUGAUAACUUCAACGCCUCAGGGUCAAAUGGUGAAUUUCCUGGAUUCUCAAAUCCCUGGAACAUGAGCCACAGUAACUUCAGUAUCCCGAUCCGCCUGUGUGAGGAUAGCUAUCCGAAUUAUCCAACCAAGCUGAACUAUACAUACACCGCAUGUAAUGUCAUACGUGGAGUUCCACGCAGACUAGACGGUGGUCCGUCAAUGAUUUUUGAAGACGGGAGCUCCUGGUCAUCCCCGCUGUACACCUGUGCCUCAGGCAUACGCGCAACGGUUAAGACAGUCAGCUUUUCUCAUAACGGAACAACGGAGGGCAUCAGAGGUUUAAUCAUCCACAAUAUUGACGAGAAGAACUAUUCACGUGAAGCAGAUAUGCCCCUCUGGGGUGUAGAAAAUGCCUACCUCCCGCUGUCCGCUAUAUCACGCAUCUGGGGAAUUGUUGAUGAGCAAUAUCAGGGUACAAAAAAUAUAUCAACGAUCCGGCAACCAUCCCUCUAUCUCCCUGCUGGUCAAUUCAUGUGGGAAGAUGAUUUGGACUACACGAACCCCAGGGACAAUCUCCCUGCCGGAAUUGCUCCCAUUGCGGCCAUGAAUACUGUUCUUCGUAAGGGGUUGUCGGAGAUUACGGGGAAUGACUUAUUUGACUAUGUAGGGCGGAAUUCAAUGAGUUUAUGGCUCAAGUGGAGGACCCUUUCUUCAUCUCCGGAUACCGUGCCUCAAAUACUAAAGCUUCUCUGGACAGAUGUUGCAGCUUCUGCAAUGGUCGGCACGAAAGGAGUCUUGGGUCACUAUAAUUUUGAGCCAGAUCGUGCGGCUGAUAUAAAAGUCCGUAAAAUGGUUCGUCAAGUUAUGUACCACUAUGAAUUCGGGAUACCCGCCUAUUUAGCCGCUCUGUGUUUCACAAUCGUUUUGGGGGUCCUCCUUCUGUCAACUAUUACUCAAGGACUCGACUUCGGUAUAGCAUCCCGACGCCUCAAGCAGACCUCUCUCGGCCGGGUCAUCGUAACAUUAACGCUCCGUGAUCACAGCGACUUUUCUAUGACGAGCAAAAGAUGGAGUCAGGCAAACGGGAUAAUGAGAAUAUACCUAGAUGCUUCUGCCAACAAAACAGUGGUUGAAGAGAACGAGGAUACUAAAAAUCCCAAUAAUGCUCUGCUGCAGCAAUCUACGGAUUAG